ACUUUGAGGCGCCUGCGCAGCUGCUGGGCUGAGUUUCUCCGGAGGUACUGGCGUGUUGGGACUGAUGGCCAAUGUCGCUGAGUAGCGGCGACGUGUGGGCGCGUGGUCCAGCCGUCUGGCCAGGGGGGUCGGGUGCGGGGUCUUUGGGAGCGGAGGGCACGGAAAGAGCCUAAGGUCGCCGUCGGCCGCCAGCACCCGGUAUGUCGGCCGAGGCCUCGGGCCCGGCGGUGGCCGAGGCCCUAUCCCUGGAAGCCCCUAAGCCCUGGGGAUUCGAACCCGGCUCCGCCGCGGACGGUCUCAAGCCACAGACCCCGAACAGCAAGUACGUGAAGCUGAACGUGGGGGGCUCGCUGCACUACACUACGCUGCGCACCCUCACGGGACAGGACACCAUGCUCAAGACCAUGUUUAGCGGCCGCGCGGAGGUACUCACGGACGCCGGAGGUUGGGUGCUGAUUGACCGCAGCGGCCGCCACUUUGGUACAAUCCUCAACUACCUUCGGGAUGGGUCUGUGCCACUGCCUGAGAGCACCAGAGAACUGGGGGAGCUCCUCGGUGAGGCACGCUACUACCUGGUACAGGGCCUGAUUGAGGACUGUCAGCUGGCACUGCAGCAAAAAAGGGAGAACCUGUCCCCGCUGUGCCUCAUCCCCAUGGUGACAUCUCCCCAGGAGGAGCAGCAGCUCCUGGCCAGCACCUCCAAGCCCGUGGUGAAGCUCCUGCACAACCGCAGUAACAACAAGUACUCCUACACCAGCACUUCAGAUGACAACCUACUUAAGAACAUCGAGCUGUUUGACAAGCUGGCCCUGCGCUUCCAUGGGCGGCUGCUCUUCCUCAAGGAUGUACUGGGGGACGAGAUCUGCUGCUGGUCUUUCUACGGGCAGGGCCGCAAAAUCGCCGAGGUGUGCUGCACCUCCAUUGUCUAUGCCACGGAGAAGAAGCAGACCAAGGUGGAAUUCCCAGAGGCCCGGAUCUUUGAGGAGACUCUGAACAUCCUGAUCUACGAGACUCCCCGGGGCCCAGACCCAGCCCUCCUGGAGGCCACAGGGGGUGUAGCUGGAGGUGGUGGGGUGGGCCGAGGGGAGGAUGAGGAGAGCCGAGAGCACCGUGUCCGCAGGAUCCAUGUCCGGCGCCACAUCACCCAUGACGAACGUCCUCACGGCCAACAGAUUGUCUUCAAAGACUAAUCUUGACCUUUUUUCCUGUUUUCCUCCUGCCACUGGGACCCAGUCCCUCUUUCCACACCUUUGCCCCGGCUUUGCUGGCCAAGUCGUGGGUCUUCCCUCUGUCCUUUUAUUGCAUGGUAUAGUUCACUUUGGCUGUUUUCCAUUCAUUCCCACUUCAUUGCUAAUAACACGGUACAUUCCAGCGCCUUCCCUCAGUCAGAGCCCUUCAGAGGCCUACAUUCAUUCCUUCAUCACCAUUGUUGUCCUGCUAUUUUCCCUUACCAGCUGGUUUAAAAUGAUUUAGAAUUCCCAUUCUCUCUUUUUUUUUUUUGUUCAUUAUACAUGCCAAAGUGUCAAGCCAGCCCUUAACAUCCACCGCAUUCUGAGCUGCCCCCCAACCACUGUGCAGGGUAGUUGGUCUUUCCCUUACCUUUCUCCCUACCUCCUUAACUUUGUGUUAGGCUGGCCUGGGCCUGCACCAGCUCAGCUAUCUUCUCAAUCUGUUUCAUAUUAUUUAUUAUUUUAAUUUUCUAUUAAAUUAUUGGUAUAAAGUUGA